GUUCUAUCCUUAAAGCUGCAUUGCUGCUGCAUAUUAAUUGCUACCUAGUAGGUAUCUACACACAUGUAUGCAUGUACGACGUAACCAAUUCAUCUCAUGAGGUUUAAUGGCUUCAAUUGUUUUUAAACACGUAAACAGAACACAAUGACAAGUAUUUUCGAGCUACCCGACGAGCUCGUCGCGACUCUGAUCGAGAACUUCCCCUGUCGCGAUGCUCAGAUCAGAGCUCUAGCCACGCUGCUCUACCCCCGAGCUGCACCGUGUCGCAACCUUAUCAUCCACGGCACCGAGGCCACCGGCAAAAGUGUAGUCACCGCUCGCUUGCUCCAGGCUUUGCGCAAUAAUGGUGAAAACAAUGGCGAUGGCGAUGGUCCCUCUCUCAACUUCGCCAUUAUUAAAUCCGCCGAGUGUGUGACGGCACGACACCUGUUCGAGACGACCGUCCGUUCAGUAGCUCACGCUUUGCAAUCGGACGAGGGAGGAGUCGUCGGCCGCUGCGAGACGCUUGCUGCUCUUACCGUUGAGCUUACCAAGAUGCUGAAGCGCGACGCGACUCAGGAUAAAGACUGGAGAUUCGUGUUGGUCUUUGACGGCAUCGAUCGCCAACGAGAAGCGCCUCCUACAUUGCUACCCGCUCUUGCUAGACUGUCCGAAAUCAUACCCGGCCUAACGACGAUCUUCAUCCUAACCGCCCCCUCGCCCUCCCUCCUCCGCGUAUCCUCAACACCGCAGCUAUACUUCCCACCAUACACGAAACCUGAGUACAUAACGAUCCUCUCGCGCCCGCCCUACGCGCCCCCACCUCUCCCGAACACUACAGCCCAAGAAACAGCCGACCUAUGGACACGCUUCGUAGGCGCCGUCCACGACGCCCUUGCGAAACCCGCGUCUCGCAGCCUACCGGGGCUCUCCCGCGCCAGCGCCUCGCUAUGGCCGCGGUUCACCGCCCCCGUAGCAGCCGGCACGCACCGCGCGCGUGAGUUUAGCAAGCUCCUCGUCGCGGCACGUGCCUACUUCCAGGACGAGAACAUGCUCGAGCCCGGCAUUACGCUCACCUCCGCCAAAGCCAAACUACCGCCACCAACCACCAUCACUCCCGGCACAAAUACGCCCAAGAAAAAGAGCGAGGAGACCCGACUCAGCACCACCACCAGCAACAACAAAAAAGACCUCGCAACCCUCCUCCCCCCAACCGCCCGCCUCCUCCUCAUCGCCGCCUACCUCGCCUCGCACAACCCCCCGCGCCACGACCAAACCAUCUUCAGCACCUGGCACUCUGGGCGUCGGCGUCGCGGCGGCGGCCCCACCGCCGCCAUCUCCAACAACAACAACAAAAUCACCCGCAAAGCCAAGCACCGCAAGAUCGCGCGCAAGCUGCUCGGCCCCGGCGCGUUCGUGCUGGAAAGGAUGGUCGCGAUAUACGCUGCCACGCGGCGGGAGUGGGCUGGCCCUAACAACAACAACAGCAACAACAACAUUAUCAGCGAUAAUAAUGACGAGUGUGGUGGUGGUGGUGGUGGUUGGGGCGGCGUAGACGGCGACGUCGGCAUGGCGAUCGCGACGCUGACGAGCUUGCGCUUGCUGGUCCGCGUCGGAGGGGGGGGGCUGGUGGGGGAUGCGAUGGAUCGCGGGGGGAAGUGGCGGGUCGGGGUCGGGUGGGAGGUUGUGCGCGCCGUGGGGAGGAGCAUGGGGGUUGAGGUUGAGGAGUGGCUUGUUGAGUAGGGGUGCUUGCUUGCUUACCUACCUAGGAUAUAGGUGCUUGCGUACUAGGUAGAUAGGUAGAUGGGUAGAUAGGCGAUGCCGAGAAUGAAGCGAGGCUAUUAAAGUGAAUAGGUAGUGUUAAUUCUUAUAUCCAUACCGGGUUUAUUUAGGUACAUAUAGAAGUGUUUUUAGGAAACAAAGGGGGUACCGAAUACAUAGACUAGGCAAUAUCCCCUACCAUAUA